CACCGAUUCCCGGACCGCCUCCCCCACCGCAGCAGCGCUGCCCCCGCAACCCACGAGCGCCGCUUCCGUCCGUCAAGACUCCUCUUUGCCUACGGUUUUGAUCGACGCCAUAUAACGGCAGAUCGGUUCAAACGACCCUAUGCAGGUUAAUCCCCUCCCGUAAUGUUUCAACAGAUUGAAGCGAAAAAUCGGAUAGGGAUCUGGAACAAACGAACAGAUAGAAUCCAUGUCAUCAUCCCCUCCUUUGGAAGGACGUUAGUUUUCAUCUCUGUAAAAGCCCUUUCUUUUCCCGGUGGGCGGCGGGUGGUUUAGGCAGCGAGCUGCGGGCGGCGGAUCUCCGUCGGUGCCCUGUUGUUCUUCAUUCCCCUCCUCUCUUCCUUCAUCCGUCUAGUGAACCCCGCUGAGACGGUCGAGGAUGGGCGGCUGCUGCUGCUGCUUCCCCUCUAAACCUCGCAGGGAGAACCCAAUGCACCCGGCCGCAGAGCCGCUCAUCCAGGGGAAGCCGAAUCACGCCCCUCCCCACCAUCAGCCGCCCCCGGUGAUCAACUCCACUGACGAGGGUAAGGGUAAAGACGCCAUCGUGCGCCUGAAGACCGGCUUCGAGCGUUUCAAGACGAAUAUUUUUGACAAGAAUCCGAAGCUGUUUGAACCGCUUAAGAAGGACCAGUCCCCCAAGUACAUGGUGUUCGCAUGCGCUGACUCACGAGUGUGCCCAACAUUAACCCUCGGACUGAAGCCAGGCGAGGCAUUCACUGUUCGGAAUGUUGCUAGCAUGAUCCCUGCCUACCAAAAGACCAGGCACUGCAGCAUCGGGUCAGCCAUCGAGUUUGCCGUGGUUGUCCUCAAGGUUGAGUACAUUGUUGUGAUUGGUCACAGCCGCUGUGCUGGAAUUAGGGAGCUACUCUCGCUGAAGGACAAAGGGCCAAAUGCUUACCACUUCAUCGAGGACUGGGUGAAGAUCGGUAUGAAUGCCAAGAACAAGGUCCAGAGAGAAAACAGGUUGUUGCCUUUUGACGACCAAUGCACUGUACUUGAAAAGGAGGCUGUCAAUGUGUCCCUUCGAAAUCUGGACUCCUACCCAUUCGUCAAGGAUAGAAUGAGCAAGGGCACACUGCAUUUGAUUGGUGCACGCUACGACUUCGUCCACGGCAGCUUCGAGACAUGGAAACUCUGAAAUCAGAUACUGCAGAAAUGGUUAGCUAGUUGCAUAUAUCUGCAGGCUCGGUUUACAUUCUGCGGGGUUCUUGUUUACAGAGGGAGAACCUGCCUAUCCACGGUUCAUUGGUUGUGAACUGUAACAAGAACACCUGUCCAGCAGUUAUUUCUGACGCCUAGUCCCGUCGAUGGUUAAAUUGUGAUAAGCUGUUUGAAUGCUUGUCCAGUAAGGGAGAAAUGUUGCAAUGUAUGCUUAAGGACUAGGCACGUAUUGGAGGAGACGCAGGGAUGCC